UUCAGCUUCUAACGAAAAUACAAUUUUCAUCCAUCAGCAAGUACUUCGCUGGACUCGAAUUUUCUUCACAGCACCAACAAUGCUACUCUCCGCCAUUGGUCUGCAGACUCCUCUCUCUAACCCCAAUCACGCUUCCACUGCCGCUGCUUCUACCUCUGCCAACCCUCUGUUCUCCUCCGCUAAUUCCCUGAAACCGCACCCUUCCAGCACCGCCACCACCACCACCACCACCACCGGCAGUAGCUGCUUCUCUUCCCUAAGACCGCUUCAUCUCCUCGCCACCAACGCUUCCACUUCUUCAACCUCUUCGCUUACCACCAACACUGCUAACAACGUCAGCAGCAGUGAGCCUUCUCUUCAAAAUCCUAACUUGCUCCAUCACGUGACUCGCGCGCUUCCCGAUGAUGAACCAGAAGGAGCAGCGGAGCUGGUGUCCUCCGCCUCCGCGGUUGCUUCUGCCAUUCGCAGAGGCUCCAAUUCUCCUGUGGAGUUUGUGCAGCGUAUUGAGAAGGCUGAAAAGAGCGAGUUGGUGUUUCCGAGUCUGGACUUUCAGAGACUUUGCGUCGAACAGUUGGACCUCUUUCGCAGAAUCGUCGAUCCCAAUGCUACUCUUUCGGUUUAUGUGAGGCCUGCGGGAAGUUACGUUAUGGACCGUCUAGAGCUGCGUAGAAUAAUAUCUUAUCCAGGAGUAAAUGCAUCAGAUAUUGUAAUAUUAGUUGGUACCUUCAAUAUUCCCACUGGUUUACGCGCUGCUGAAGCUGCACUCUCCAAUCAACAAGUAGAAUUUAUGACUGAGCAUAAGGCUUUUGUGUUUCCAAUGGUGAAACACCCAUUUGUUGUUGGAUUCUUGGUUGCUGAGUUACCAAUGAUGGAAAUGAACAAAUCAUGUGGGAAUGCACGGACUGAGGGUCAUGAUUUGAUUCACUUGCCAUCUCCAGAGGAAGCCUAUGCUUUGCCUUCAAGCUCAGAUGAGAAAUCAUGGGGAAUUCAGACUUUAGAUGAUCAGCCAUUGAGAGUAUAUAACUUCACUGCUGAGCAGAGAUUGAAUGCUAUUAAUAUCUCUCGCUCUCUGGCUAUGGCGUAUGUUAUGGAUCAGAAAGCAAUGUUACUCCAACAAUCAUCUUGGCAAAAUAAUGUUAGAAUGAGUAAUCUAGUUGAACAGAUCCGUGGUCCUCUUUCUAGCAUUCGAACUUUGAGUAAAAUGUUGUCCACCCACUUGAAGAGAAGUGAGAUUUCUUAUGACAUUAUUGAAGACAUACUGGUACAGGGUGAACAAAUGAAAGAUGCUCUUCAAGAACUCCAGGAUGCUGUUUACUUGACAAAGGCCAAUAUAAUGCUCUAUAAUGAAAAGGCAUUGAAGAAAAUUCACAAGUCCACUUAUCACAAUGAUGAGUCAUUGAGGUCUCGCUUAUCAGAUAGCUUUCCUAGAGACACAGGCAACAGUAAUAAUUUGCAAAAUUCCAGUGAAUCUUCUUCGCUAAAUGCUGCAACCAGGGACUUAGAGAUGCCCAUGCCACCUUUGGCACUUACUUCCUUACAACAACAUGUAAUAAGACCUUGCAAUGUUUCUGAGGUGCUGUCAGAUUUGGUUGAGGCAGUGCAACCUCUUGCCUGCAAUCAGCAACGCAGUGUAGAGCUCACUGAAAUCUGUCAAUCUUUGCAAGUUGCUGUGGAAGAGCCAGCUUUGCGCCAGGCUUUGAGCAAUUUAAUUGAAGGCGCAUUGUUGCGUACGCAUGUUAAGGGUAAGGUUGAAAUUGUGUCUACUGAAGCACCUGCAGGUGGUGGUGCCCUUGUAGUUAUUGAUGAUGAUGGCCCUGAUAUGCACUAUAUGACCCAGAUGCAUUCGCUAGUACCAUUUGGAGCAGAGCUUUUUUCAGAAAAUAAGAUUGAAGACAACAUGACUUGGAAUUUUGUCGCUGGGCUGACUGUUGCUCGUGAGAUACUUGAGAGUUAUGGUUGUGUUGUCCGUGUGAUAUCACCUCGGUUCACAGAUGCAGCUCUUGGAGCUGGUGGAACCCGGAUAGAAGUCUGGCUUCCUUCCUUUGCUACAUUGUCUGACCUAAAUGACACUGCACACGAGACAUAGAAUAGAGUAGCACCCGCAGAGAGUCAGCCUAGUUUGUGAAAAAAAGAAUAAUAAUGAUGAGUUGGUCAUAGUGAUCAGAAAUUCUCUUAUCCAAAGCAUUCAUGGGUGAAAUUUGAGGGGAUUCUGUACAGAUCUAUUGCAUUCUUACUGCAUAUGCAGUUACUUACAUGUAAAUAACGAACAUUUUAUUGUGUAUUCGUAACUCAAGUUGAUAGAAUGUUAUAAUUACUGUCAACUAAA